AUGGCAGACUUUCAACCCAAGAGUAUUCUCAUUUUCGGCGCUACCGGUAACAUCGGACGAUAUAUCACGAAUGCUAUCGCCAAUGCCCAAGCAGCAUUCGAUCAGGUGGCCAUCUUCACCUCAGAAGACACAGUUACCAGAAAACCAGAGUUGAUCAAAGAGCUCAAGUCAAAGGCCGUCAAGAUUAUCACAGGACAUGUCAAUAAUCCGGAAGACAUAAAGAGGGCUUACCAAGGCGUUGAUACUGUCAUCAGUGCGGUAGGACGCAAUGUCAUCGAGACACAGAUCGAGCUCUUUAAACUCGCAGCUGAGUCUGGUUCAGUGAAGUGGUUUUUCCCUUCAGAAUACGGCACAGAUAUCGAAUACGGUCCUCAGAGCGCCAGUGAGAAGCCUCAUCAGCUGAAACUCAAGGUACGAAAGUACAUUCGAGAGAACUCCAAUGGCCUGAAAUAUACUUUUGUCGUUACGGGGCCAUAUAUCGACAUGUACUUUACCCUGUCGCCUGAUGUUAUCGAAGCUGGAGGGUUUGAUCAUAAGAAUAAGAAGGUGGUCUUGAUUGAUAAUGGGGAGGGCAAGAUUGGCUUUACAACUAUGCCUGAUGUUGGAAAAGCCGUAGUCGCUGCUCUUCAUCAUCCCGCAGAGUCUUUCAACCGUGCUCUGAUCGUCCAAUCCUUUGUCGUCAACUCUAAGCAGAUUCUCAAGGAGCUUGAGAAGCAGACGGGAGGUGAGCCAUGGGAAGUUUCAAGCUACACUCUCGAUGAGUUGAGGGAAGCAGAGAAGAAGGGGUGGGCCUCUGGAAAUCCCAAGGCUGUUUCAUAUACCCUUCGACGAAUUUGGUCUGAGGGCGGCACGCUUUAUGAUAAGACGGAUAACGAGAGGAUUGAACUCAAGGAGGAAGACCUAGAAACUCUGGAGGAUGCUGUUAAGAGGGAGCUUACGACUGGAUACUGA